AGUUGCUUUUUGCCAGUUCCGAGCAAGAUGUUGGUUUGAGAGGGAUUGUGAGUGCGAGUGCAAUAGAACGUAAUUACUGUGAACUCCCCAAACUCCCCAGCAUUGUAUUGCGGUAAACCGGGCUCCAGCAGUAAUGGCAAAGCUAAUCGCAAACUCAAUUAUAAAGUUCACGCUACGGUUGAGCUUAUUACAACUCGCCAUCGCGUCAUCCGGUGCUGUCGUCACGGUUACGGGUGAGGAUGUUCAGAACGAGCGUCCGCCAACCGAAGCCUACUUCAGGAUGAUCAAUGACUACGAAGAUGUGCAUGCCGCGCAGAAGCUCCAGGACCGUUCGGAUGCGUUUGCACUGUCGAGCGAUCGUCGCAGUGUGGUAGAGUGUGGUGGCGUUUACAAACGAUUGCAGAGUGAGAUCCGAUCGCCUGGUUUCCCUGCAGACUACCAGGGACAUCUUCACUGCGAGUACACGUUCAAGUCACCGUUCGUUUGCAGCAGUCAGUAUCACUUUCAGUUUUUGGAGUUUUCACUGGAACCUUCGCGCAACUGCAGCAAGGACCGGCUAGUGAUUGGUGAGGAGGAAGUGCUGUGCGGUACGGUGAUCGGAUCGAAGCUGUACGAUGCACCGGGCGGUGUGUUGCGGGUUAAGUUUGUGACCGAUGGAUGGGGCUCGGGACGUGGCUUUCGGCUGCUGGUUACCCGACAGCCCUGUAGCGAGGACAAUGAGGCGGCAGAGUCUUCAACGGCGUACACCGUGUACACGACGAUCCAAGUUGCGGAUGAGACAGAAUCGAGCGGAGAAGACAGUGCCACAGAGCGACCGGAAAGCGUGUCGAAUGAUGUGAAGCAUGUGAGCAGUCGUCAGGAUAUACCGCCGGAGUUUAACCCAGGAGGGAAUGGAUACUUGCCACCGGUAGGUCCUUCCACUCCGGUGUAUCCAUCGCAGCCGUAUCCACCACAAACGUUCCCGUGUUCUCAAGUGCCUUGUUCCUAUCCACCGUGGGGAUGUUCGGUGCCUACAGUUCCUCCAUUUGUUCCACCACAACCUCCAAGAUUUCCAUGCGAUCCGAGAGUUCAAUCCUGUGGACCUGCGUACCCGUAUUAUCCACCCUAUCCGCAACCCGUUCCAGUACAACCACCAACUCCAGGAUGUCCUACAGCACCUUGUGAACCUGUCCCACAGUACCCUCAAUAUCCUUCCUAUUACCCUGGAUAUCCAACGGUUUCGGGAGGCACGGAAGGCACCACAUCACUCGGAGCACCAGCUCCACCUGGGUACGCACCAGUCCGGGAAACGGAAUCACGACCUGAAUUCCCCGAACCAACGACGGAACGCACUCCAGCAGGCGUUGAGCCCGAAAAUCAAGUUUCAUUCGUCCCUGGACUUGGCCCUGCGUGCUGCCGGAACGCUUUCAACCAGCGCCGAUUCUACCUCUCCAGUGCGAACUUCCCCUCCCCAGUCACCCCCAAUCAGGACUGUGUGGUUCAAGUACAGCGACACUCCCCACUCACCUGCCGACUAGUUAUCAGCUUCAAGUUUUUCCUCUUCGGCAACGACCAAUAUCCGGGCUGUGCCGGUGGGUUCGUGGAGAUCGAUGGACAGCGCAUCUGCGGCUGCCGGACGGGGCAAGUCUACCGGACGGCUGACUUUGGCCCUUAUCCAAGCAAACCCAUUCGCAUCUACUCCCGCGCCGGACGGUUCCCCACCGUACAGGGCUUUGUGUUGGACGUUUAUCAGGAGGAGUGUCCACAACGGUUCCCACUGAAGCGAAGCGAUGGAACCGAUAGGGAGCGCAUGGUAGAGCGUCCGGUGCGGAAUAGACCGAGCUUCGAAAUGGCACGUGCGGAGGGUCGUCAGUUGGCGGCGGCCGGUCCGGUCCAUACCGUUCAAACGACCAACACAACGCAACAACAAAUCACUCACCAUUACUACUGGUACAAUCUGGACGAAGCGGAACCAAUCAAACGCCCGCAGGACGUCCCGAACGUGGCGGCCCAGGAAAGUCAACAGCAGCCCGCGGCGCUUCAUCAACGACCUGUGGGGCUGUGGCCCCAUUCUCAGAAGAUUGUACCACUUCCACCGGCUACGCCGGCCGCCGGACCGAACCGAUGCCUCUUCUCCACGCUCGAUUGGCUUCGAUUAAAGCUGGACUGGUUGUGGAUCUUUAGGCCGGUGUGUUUAGCCUAGGACGUUUCUAGCCCAAGUCGUCACGCCGUGUAUGCGGUGCGAUGAUAUGGAGAUAAAUAUAGACGCAUUUGAUACUAACCCGUA